AGCAGUUCUAAGGCUGUUGCGUAUGUUCGUUUUCGUUUCACAGAUCUGAAAAAUUAAGAAUGAUUAUCUGAAUAUAUUGAAGGAGUCGGACAAUCAGUUGGUACCAGAAAGAUGGGUACCUGGUUCUGGAGGGGUUCCUGGACCCAGAGGAGUGUGAUGUGCUCAAGGCCAGAAUGAGCGAGAUCGUGGAGAGGAUGGAUACCCCAGAACAUUGCAGGAUCCAGUUCUCCACCAAUCAUGAGGAGCAGCUGAAGAAACAGGGGAGUUCUGACUAUUUUAUUACCAGUGGGGACAAGAUUCGCUUCUUCUUUGAAAAAGGUGUUUUUGAUGAGAAAGGGGAAUUUAUCGUGCCAAGAGAGCGCGCUCUGAACAAAAUUGGACAUGCAUUGCAUGCUUAUGAGCCCCUGUAUAAAAAUGUCACACAUUCCCAAAAGGUCCAGAACAUGGCUAGGAAGCUGGGCUUACAGUGUCCUGUGAUUUUACAGAGCAUGUACAUAUUUAAGCAACCUGGAAUUGGUGGAGAAGUGACGCCGCACCAGGACGCCACCUUCCUGCACACGGAGCCACUGGGCCGGGUGAUGGGCGUGUGGAUAGCGCUGGAGGAUGCCACGCUGGAGAAUGGCUGCCUGUGGUUCAUCCCUGGGUCCCACAAAAAUGGAAUCACCAGGCGAAUGGUCCGCACCCCAAAGGGGACCUUGCCCCUGACGGACUUUGUGGGAAGAGAGCGGGGCUAUGACAAUAAUCUGUUCAUUCCUGCUCCAGUCAAGAAAGGAGGGGUGGUUCUGAUCCAUGGGGAGGUGGUCCAUCGCAGUGCCCACAACUCAUCCGACCAGUCGCGUCAUGUCUACACCUUCCACAUCAUGGAGUCCCAGGACACCCACUGGAGCCCUGAGAACUGGCUACAGCCCACCCAGGAGCUGCCCUUCCCUCCUCUCUACACCUGAACGGUCGCAGGGUCCCUGCCCCAGCACAGCUGAGUUCUGAAUGAGAAGGCAGCCUUGAGCUCGUCAGUUUUCCAGAGGGACUACAUUCUAACUGAAUCAUGAUGACAUAGGUUGUAACUCGUAGGAAAAACAACACAUUUGAUGCACUGAAGUGAAGCAUCCGCUAUCAAAGGCAGCAUAAAUGAAAUUAUUAUAAUAUACCAAUGCUGUUUUUAAAUAACGUUUAAAAAAAACAAUUUUGCGUUAGUUUGCAUACAGUUAAAACACAUUUUCCUCACAUAUAUAAAUUGUAUCAGUGUAACCAUGGGAUCAAGCAACAGAAAUAAUAAUAAACAUUUCAGUGUUGAGAUGUUCGUUGCUCCUCUACUGUUAGGCAAACACAAGCAGAAAUUGAACAUUUCUAAAGUUAACAGAACUGGACCUACCCACAAUGUUCAAUUACAAGCCUGGUCCUACUCUUAAAACUGCCUACUUUGUAUUGCAUACUUUUCUCAUUUAAUAUGGGUGGGUCUCAUUAGUGAUGUACUUAGUACAAACAUGGAACUAUGAUUAGUAGUGUACAAAGAACAGGAGCUUUUUUAUGUUAGGGCUCUGUCUUUUUAUGAAUGGCCAAAUUGAAUUUAACUGAGCCAAACGUAAUUACGCUUUAGGCCAGGUUCACACUACAUUACUUUCAAAGUCGUCAGAUCGCUGUACUGUUCACACUACACAACUUGCUGUCAUAUAAUCGGGAAUCUUGAAGUCGUUGUGGUUUGCACACUACAUGACUGAUCAGCGACGGGGGCGACACAUUACAAGAUCUUUUACCAGGAGGAAUCUACGAGUCUGUCUGGUCUCCAAACUACGUUUUGUCACGAAAACACACGCAAGAGGUGACACGGGAAAUGACACGAUACCAUACGCGAGACAGGGAUUUUUUUCUUCCAAAAAUGGCUACUGUAGACAAAGAUAUUAUGCUCUGUAAGCAAUAUGGCCAAAAUCUUAUCUCACAGUAUUUGUAUUUUGA